AUGUCAACUACAGGAUUUGCUUCAUUGGAUGAUGAGGCUUGGGUGGACCUACCAUUCUAUAACAAUCCAUGUGCUGAGAUGCAGAGAUUGGUCGACUCGGCCAAGAGAAAGACUGACUGGAAAUCAUGGGGAACAUAUGUAUCUGAUAGAGAGUGGAGCACUGUCAGAGAGGACUACAGUGAGGGUGGCAAUGUCUGGGAGUAUUUCCCUCAUGACCAUGCAAGAAGCAGAGCAUACCGCUGGGGUGAGGAUGCCAUCGGAGGCUUCUGUAACCGUUUCCAGAACUUAUGUCUUGCCACUGCCUUUUGGAAUGGCAAUGAUCCAAUCAUCAAGGAGAGACUGUUUGGACUAACAGGACCAGAGGGUAACCACGGUGAAGAUGUUAAGGAACAUUACUUCUACUUGGACAACACACCUACACAUUCGUACUCAAAGAUGUUGUAUAAGUAUCCCCAGAAUGAGUUCCCUUAUGAACAUAUUGUUCAUGAGAAUAGGAGAAGGACCAAGUUCGAUCCAGAGUUUGAGUUGGAGGACACGGGCAUAUUUGACAACGAUGAGUACUUUGAUAUCUUUAUCGAAUGGGGCAAGGCCUCAGAGAACGACAUCAUCGGCAGAGUGACCGUCCACAACAGAGGACCAAAGGAGGCACCCAUCACAGUGCUGCCACACCUAUGGUACCGUAACACAUGGUCGUGGGGCUACAGCGACAAGCGACCAUUCAUCAGGACGCAGCGUCCUGGUGUGGCCUUUGGUGAGGAGCAUCACAUCGGUCCACUGUGGUUCGCCGUGAGCGAUGGCGAGGGCACAGAGAUGGGACCCGCAUCGCCAGUUGCCGAGGGCGAGGAGCCCAAGAAGGUGCUGUGGGAGCGCGACGUCGAGUUCAUGUUCACAGAGAACGACACCAACACUGAGCGACACUACAACUUCCCCAACAAGACUCCCUAUGUCAAGGACGGCAUCAACAACGCCGUGGUCAAGGGCUGGAAGGACGUUGUCAACAACUCGAGCGGAACCAAGAUGGCUGCCAAGUUCUUCAAGGUGCUCAAGCCGGGCGAGUCCUACACCGUCAAGAUCAGAAUGGCCAACUACGAGCUGGACACCCCGUGGAGCGACUACGAUGAGCUGUUUGCCACACGUAUCAAGGAGUGCGACGCCUACUACAACUUUGUCCAUCCCAAGGGCAUCAACGAUGACAUGAAGGCUGUGCAGCGCCAGGCCCUGGCCGGCCUGCUCUGGACCAAGCAGUUCUACCACUUUGGUGUGCAGAUGUGGAAGCACGGCGAUCCAAUCAUCCCGCGCAAUGAGGCUACGCCCGUGGUGCGCAACAAGCAUUGGGACCACUUCUACGCCAACGAUGUGAUCUCCAUGCCCGACAAGUGGGAGUACCCCUGGUUCGCCACUUGGGACCUCUGUUUCCACAUGGUGCCGUUGGUUCUGGUUGACCACGAGUGGGCGAAGCGCCAGCUGGUGUUGCUGACCCGUGAGUGGUACAUGGCGCCCAAUGGCCAGCUGCCCGCUUAUGAGUUCCAGUUUGGAGACGUCAACCCACCCGUGCACGCAUGGGCCACACUGAUGGUGUACAACUACAUCAAGAAGAAGACGGGCCACAAGGACAUCAACUUCCUCGAGGAGAUCUUCCAUAAGCUUCUGCUCAACUUCACCUGGUGGGUCAACCGCAAGGAUGAGCAUGGCAACAACAUCUUUGAGGGUGGUUUCCUAGGCCUGGAUAACAUCAGUGUGUUUGAUCGUUCAGCACCAAUCCCAGGCGGCGGCAAGCUGGAGCAGGCCGACGGUACUGCCUGGAUGGGCCUGUUCAGUUUGAACAUGCUGGCCAUGGCCCUGGAGCUGGCCCAGGAGCGUCCCUCCUACGAGGGCAUUGCCACCAAGUUCUUGGAGCAUUUCAUCUACAUUGCCAACAGUGUCACGCAUCCUGGCGAGGGUACCGCCGAGUCGGGCGGCCGCAGAGGUCUGUGGGACGACAUUGAAGGAUUCUUCUUCGACUCGAUCACCACCCCAAGUGGAUGGUCGCAGCAGAUCAAGAUGUACUCGCUCGUUGGACUCAUCCCACUGUUCGCCGUGCAUGUGCUGCAGCAGGAGGUGCUGGAGAAGCUUCCACGCUUCAAGUCCAGACUAGAAUGGUUCGUGCGCUACCGUCCACAUCUCGUGUCAUCGAUGGCCUCGUUCAUGGUGCCAGGCCAAGACCAGAGCAAGCUGUUGUCAAUUGUCAACAAGGAGCGUCUAACCAAGAUCCUAACCAAGAUGCUGGACGAGGACAAGUUCAUGUCAGAGGUUGGCAUCCGCUCGCUGUCCAAGCAGCAUCGUGACGAGCCAUAUAUCUUCAAUCUUAUGGGCAACACCACAUCUGUGCACUACGAGCCAGGUGAGGCUACUUCCACCAUCAUGGGUGGCAACUCCAACUGGCGUGGCAGUGUCUGGAUCUGUGUCAACUUCCUCAUGAUCGAGGCACUCAAGUCCUACCACUCGUACUAUGGCAACGACUUCCAGAUCGAGUUCCCAACUGGCUCAGGCAACAUGGUGACUUUGGAUGUCGUGCAGCGUGAGAUCUCAAUCAGACUGAUCAACAUCUUUACCAAGGAUGAGAAGGGAGUGCGUAGAUUCUCGAGCAACAAGCCCAUCUUCCAGAAGGAGCACUGGCGCGACCACAUCCUCUUCCACGAGUACUUCCAUGGUGAGAAUGGACUUGGACUUGGCGCAUCCCAUCAGACAGGUUGGACAGCACUUGUUGCCAAACUCAUUGACGAGUAUGGCGUCCCCGAGCCCGAUGCACCACCAUCAUCUGCAACCAUGUCGCCCUAA